UAUCUCGCUUGCGCUAAACGGAGACAUGGAGCUCAAGUGAUCGACCAUUAUAUAGCAGAAGAACCGUUAAUAUCAUGACUAUCUUCACAAGAGAUUUCAGCCAUCGGAUCCUAGCAUGUGUUUUAUUGCCACUCUUCCUUUUCCAAUGUUUGCCUUACGUAACUUGCCAGCAAGGGUCGGAAUCAGCAGGUCGCAAUGGAAAAAGUAAAGAGUCAUCGAUAAUUGGGAUCGUUUUGCUUUCGUUGUUCCUCUUACUUUUGGUCGUUUAUUGCUUAAACUAUGGAUGUUGUAUUGAAGAGAAUGAGACAGGAGGUCAUGAAGUGUUACACAGUAGAGUGAGGCGUGGGAUUGACAAGGACGUCAUCGAGUCCUUUCCGGCUUUCCUAUAUUCAGAGGUUAAAGCGUUCAAGAUAGGCAACGGCGGAGUUGAAUGUGCAAUUUGUCUAUGCGAGUUUGAAGACGAAGAGCCGCUACGUUGGAUGCCUCCUUGUAGCCAUACUUUCCAUGCUAAUUGCAUUGACGAAUGGCUCUCUUCUCGGUCCACAUGUCCCGUCUGCCGUGCAAAUUUGUCUCUGAAGUCCGGUGACAGCUUUCCACAUCCGAGUAUGGAUGUUGAAACGGGAAAUGCACAGAGAGGUGUUCAAGAAUCCCCCGAUGAGAGAAGCUUGACAGGUAGUAGUGUUACAUGUAAUAAUAAUGCAAAUUAUACAACACCUCGAUCAAGAUCUACAGGGUUAUUGUCGAGCUGGCAUGUGCCUGAGCUAUUCCUCCCUCGAUCUCAUUCGACUGGACAUUCAUUGGUUCAACCAUGUCAGAAUAUAGACCGAUUCACACUGCAAUUACCGGAGGAGGUGCAAAGACAAUUGGUAAGCCUGAACCUGAUAAAGAGAAGCCAUAUAGCCUUACCUCGAGCCAGGAGUUCUAGACAGGGCUACAGGAGCGGAAGCGUUGGGAACGAGAGAACCGGUUUCUCUCAAGGACGGCAAACACUCAGGCGAGCCAUAUCUACGUCGCUAUCUUUCUCUUUUCAACCUGCUCCUGUUCGGUCCACACUUGACAGGGACAAUCUAAUGCGAGAGACUUCCCAAGCUAAUGACAAAGAUUUUGGUGAACGGUCAUUCCAACGCCUCAUGCCAGAGAAAAACUAA